CUGGCUUUGUAGUAGCCUACUCGGAGAUAGCCUGGCAAAAGUAAGAGCUUUCUAGCAAGUUCUGUGAGACAGAUAGUUUGAAAUAAAUUACUUCUUUAGUUACACAGAAAAGUGAGAAUUUUACAAGAAAAACAACAAAACUUUAGAAAAACAUCCAUAUGCUCGUAAAUAUAUACUACUACGAUAUGCCCACUUCUGAAAAUGUAAUUUAACCCGCAAAAUUCGAACGAUGCCUUUCACCACAAAAUCACUGAAACCGAGUGCGCUAACGAGCUGAUAAUCUUAAAUUGGUCAGACUUGCUGGCAAUCGGGCUGGGUUUGCGUUGAAUUUUGCUUUCAAGAUCUGCAACAGAUUGCGCAUUUGGGCGAAGGUUCAAUUAAUAUUGGAAUAGAUAUUUAAUAAUGCAAGAGGCAGAUGGAUUGAGAAGACGAAAACCUUUGAAGGAAAAAAAUGAAGAAAAAGAGCAGAACGACCGUGACGUAGAAGAUGACGCAUUUGAUUCAUCAAAAUCAUCAUGGGCGCCAGGAACAUUCUGGUUCACUCGAAUAUUAUUUUUAAGAUUUCUUGGAUUUAUUUAUUUUACGGCAUUCUUUGUGGCUCUACAACAAAACAUUCCUUUAAUUGGAAAGGAUGGAAUUUUACCUGCAUCAAAACAUAUGCUCAUGUAUGAAAAUUAUUUUAAAAAUGGAGUCUGGCAAAGACUGCAAGCUUGUCCUACAUUGCUUUGGUUUGUUGACAGAAAUGAUAUUGAUUGGUGGCUUAGUGCCAUGGCAUAUGCUGGUCUAGUAAUAUCUGCUUUUUUGAUUGCGUUUGGUGCUUCUAAUAUAUUUAUGAUGUUUACAUUAUGGGUUCUAUAUCACUCGAUCGUAAAUGUUGGGCAGACUUGGUAUGGUUUUGGUUGGGAGUCUCAAUUACUAGAAACCGGGUUUCUAGCUAUAUUUUUCUGUCCGUUAUUAAAUCUUAAACCAUAUCCUAAAAACACGCCAACGUCAAAAGUCGUUAUCUAUGGUUAUCUUUGGCUUAUAUUUCGUAUUAUGAUUGGUGCUGGACUGAUAAAGAUUCGAGGGGAUAAAUGCUGGCGAGAUCUAACAUGUAUGAAUUAUCAUUAUCAAACCCAACCUGUUCCAAACCCUAUUAGUUAUUUUUUACACCAAUCUCCUAAUGUUAUACACAAACUUGAAACUGCUGGCAAUCAUAUUAUUGAACUCAUUGUGCCAUUUUUCCUAAUAUUACCUAGAAAACUACGCAUGUUAGCUGGUGCCUCACAAAUACUAUUUCAAGUUAUCUUAGUAAUAAGUGGUAAUUUAAGUUUUUUAAACUGGUUGACUAUAUUGCCUUCGAUUUGUUGUUUUGAUGAUGCCUCACUUUCAUGGAUGUUUUCAACGAAAUCGAAAGUUGAAGUUUCUCGUAUUAUUUGUAUGAAUGAUAUAGAAAGUCAUAGAAAAAAACGAAGUUUUAGUAGCAAAUUUCGAUCUUUUGUUAACUUUCUGUUAUUUUGUUUAAUUACCUAUUUAAGUGUACCUGUUGUUAUGAACAUAUUGUCAUCCCGACAGGCAAUGAAUCGUUCUUUCGACUCAUUGCGCAUUGUUAAUACAUACGGUGCAUUCGGCAGCGUAACAAAAACCCGCACUGAAGUUAUUUUACAAGGAACUUACGAUAAUAACCCAAAUUCUGACGACGCUGUAUGGCUUGAGUAUGAAUUCAAAUGCAAACCAGGAAACAUUACUCGUCGUCCUUGUAUAAUAUCACCAUACCACUACAGACUUGAUUGGCUGAUGUGGUUUGCUGCAUUUCAAAACGCAGAAAGCAACCCAUGGUUUAUACGUCUGAUUGCCAAGCUAUUAGAAAAUGACCCAAAUGUUACAAAACUCAUAGAAAAUAAUCCAUUUGCAAAUGGAAAGCCACCAAAAUUUAUCAGAGCAGAGCAUUAUAAAUAUCAGUUCACUAAAAUAGGCAGCAAUGCUGCAAGAGAUGGAAAAUGGUGGAGAAGAAAAAAGAUCGGCUCAUAUUUACCACCUGUUAAUAUGAAAAUGUUAGAGGCAUAUUUAAAAUCCAGAGGUUUCGACGUUCCAAGGCUAAGCUGAAUGCAAGAUAUAUUAUGCAGUACAAUAUUACAAAUUACUGUAUGAAGUAUCAACCUGGGCUGUGGAGAAUUUACAAUUAACCCCUGAUUCCAGGUUAAUGGAAACAAAUUUAAUUGUCACUGGUUAAAAUCAGAAAUUUUGACUUCAAAGAGUUUGGAAGUUAUUGACUUAAGACUACAAUGAAAACACGCCAAACUCUAGCCCGAACCCCCCAUCCCUGUUAUAUCAAUCAUAUCUUUAAUUGGAAUAUGCAAAUUCAUGUUUAGAAGUUUAUUUUUUGGAAUUUACAACACUUGAAUAAUAUAUCAAAAUUUGCUAUUUCUGUAUCAAAAUUAUUAAACUACUUCUGUUUAUUAUUAAUUUUAAAACAAUACUGAUCAUAAUAUGAAUUGGAUUCAAAAUAUUGCAUUUAUUAGGCUGCCUGCUGCCGCCAUAAUAACAAAGGACUAUCAUUGUGUUUUAUUUUCAAAUAUAGGCUUUGCCAAUGUGCAUUAUGAGUUUUGAUUUUCUUGUUUCGAAUUUUUCUUUCGUAGUUGUUUGAAUUUGUUGCUAUUUGUUUUGUUUUCGUCCUUCGUAAAGUGUGGCUUUCUCUUCCCUCUCUCGAUAAAAAUUCAAAAUAAAGAUGGAAUAGAAUUUUUAUAUUUACGGUAAUCAAUCAUAUUUCAUAGUAAACCGUGGUUUGUCUCUUUUAUGUUACUUGCAAGUUUGGGUUUGAUAUGGGAAUGGUUAUCCCAUUUUUUACUUUCCAGAUGUAUUGACAUGGUUGGCUUAAUUUAAUAUAAUUUAUUAAAUAGAAAUAGAUCUCUAGAGACAAUUAAAUUCUUUAAUUUCAAACAUAUCUGGAACAUUCUGUGAAUUUUGAAUCAUUUGCUGAAUUUUGAGAUAUUUUGUGACACUGUAACAAAUUUUAAUCAUUUUCAAUUAGAUAUAGCACCAAUAUGAAUAACUUAUAUUACUUUAAAAUGUAUUCUGGAAUCCACAAAUAUUUAAGAUAUCAAGUAAAGGAUUUUACAAAUUUACUCUGUAUAUUUAUAGCAAUACUCUAGGUUCCUUUCAUUCAAAAUUAUGUUUUUCGUUUCAUACA